AUGCGCGUGGCCGCGCUGCUCUGGGCCGCGUGGGGCGCGUGUCUCGCGUGCGCCGCGCUGGCCACCCCCGCGCCGGCCGCGGCGGGCCGCGAGCUUCGAGUCCUCCAGGCCGACUCGCGCUCGGCCUUCUUCGUGGGCAUCGCCGCGCCGCCCUCGGCCGCCGCCGCCGUGCGCGCCUUCAACCGCUCCUUGGCGGAAAUUUCGCAGACCUACCUCGCUGGCGAUUACCCGCUCCAUCUGCGCAACAUCACUCUUCAACCACUUUACAUCGAGCUACCAGAAGAUGAAAGGUUUAGCGCAAAACUGCUAGAGCGGGUAUGUGCGGCGAUGGGAGGCCGGCGGGUUGCGGCACUGCUGGUAUGUGGAGGAGGGUCGGCUGCUGCCGCUGUUGUGACUGCCGCCACACGCGCCGGUGUCCCCGUUUUGCGGGCCUCACCGUCGCAUCUUCAAUUCUCCUACACCAUCGCUAACGAACUGCUUCCGUUGGAGAUUCGUCUCGAGAUUACAGCAAGAGAAACGCUUCACGCACUCAGGGCCACACUCCUGCAUACACAUUGGCACACUUUCACGCUUCUGGCUGAGGAGGACAUCCAUUCUACCCUCUCCCUUCGAAAGGACCUUUCAUCGAUAUUAACCGCCCAGCCGCUUAAUCCUAAUUGGCUUUCACUUCCAUCCAAGUACUCCAGACAUGCUUUGUUUAGACGUCUUGCCGAGGUUUCCAGGUUGACCCGAGGUGUUGUCGUCUUGAUAUGUGACAUUCAUUAUGCUAAGCUGGUUAUGGAUGAGGCCAAGCGACUCAACAUGCUUGAAGGACAUUUCUUUUGGCUUUGGGUUGAUGCCUCCAGAGACAUUGACGUCUUCCACAACAUUGGCAACAAAACUCGAUUUAUCGAAGACGAUGAUUUGGAAUCUGAAAGCUUAACGGAUAAAGAUGAAGCGAGAUAUAAACGUUCCGAUCUCAAUGAACGAGACGACGGUGACAAUAAUUUGUUAAAAGAUAAAAACGACAGCGAGAAACUACACAAACCUCAUAAAAGCUCUAAAAUGAACGUUAACGGUGGAAGUUAUGUAAAAAAUUGGUCAAUAAAUUCGUUUUUUCGUCAUUCUAAUAAUAAUAAGACGGAAGCGCACAGUAAUAACAACAAAUUAUUAUAUGUAAAUUUUAGUCAAUCUUACGACAAUAGUCGUGAUAUUAGCACAGAAGCAGUAAGGAAUUAUAAUGUAAAUAAUAAAGGCGUUGAAACUUCUAAAAUCGAAAACAAUUCAAUUGAGAAGGAAAAACUGUCCUUCCCAGAUAGAAAUUAUAGUAGGCGUACUAGUUAUUUAGGGAUGGAAAAUGAAUCUUUUAAUAAAUAUGUAAAUAGCAUAAAUGUAGAUGGUGUGAAUAAUGCUGAGAAAAAUUUAUUGUUGGAAGAAGUUAUAAAUAGUAGCAAUGUAAAAGAUAGCAUAUUGUUCUCAAGUGAUACUAGUGAUUUCUUAAUGAAUCCCACGGUGCAUACAUCUACAAUGCAUAAUGUUAGAGAUACUAUCGAGAAAAGAAAAGAUCGCACGAUGAAGGAGCCAAUUAUGGAAAGAAACAGCGAUGGAUUGAGAAAUAAUGUUACUGUGCUCUUCAAUAGCCUUCCUGUCGGAUUAUUGGCUUUGCAUCCACAGCCGAUGAUAAUAGAUCGCACAUUCGUUCGAGCGGCGGUGCGCAUAGCGGUGGGAGCGCUGAGGCGAGUUUUGCGCGCGUGUGAUGCAUGGUCAGCGCAAGCUCAGUUUUUCAGCGAUGCCGCCGCGUCCUGCUGGGAUGAACCUAGUGAUGCUGCUGCAGAUUUUUCCAUGGAAUUUGUAAGAAAUGGAACAUUGGAUCUUUUGAUAGCUGACACACCAGUACUGGAUUAUUACCGCGCCACGGACCACGGCUGCAAGCUACAGAGGGUUGGAGACCAUGCCCUUGCUGAAGACACGUAUGCAAUUGGAAUGGCCAAGGGAUUCCCUUUAAAGGACAGCAUAUCAUCGGUUAUAUCAAAAUAUUCGUCGAAUGGAUAUAUGGAUAUUCUGACAGAGAAGUGGUAUGGAGGACUACCUUGUUUCAAACUGAGCCCGGAUUACGGGAUUCAGCCAAAACCUCUCGGGGUGGCAGCUGUGGCGGGUGUGUUCAUCCUACUUGGUGUGGGCAUGAUCGUCGGCUGUCUCAUAUUGAUCGUGGAGCAUCUGUUUUAUAAAUACACCUUACCCGUACUGCGACACCAACCCAAAGGAACUAUAUGGAGGAGUAGGAAUAUUAUGUUCUUCAGUCAGAAAUUGUACAGAUUCAUUAACUGCGUGGAAUUAGUUUCACCACACCACGCGGCUCGGGAACUCGUUAACACAAUUCGGCAGGGACAUUUCACUUCGCUCUUCCAGAAAAGCGUCAAAAGGAAGGAACACGAACAGCGUAGACGAAGAAAAAGUAAAGCGCAGUUUUUUGAGAUGAUACAGGAAAUCAGAAGGGUACAGCAAGGACGUGACCGUGAUCAGUCUUUAGAUUCGAUAAAAGAGCACGUCGCGGUUGAGACUCCCGAUGUGUCAGAGGAGUUGACCGAAUCGAAAUUUCUUUCUCCAUCGCCGGAAAUUCCUGCUCGUUCACCCCGCCAAGGCCGAUCACCCCGGCAAAUUCGCUCGCCUCGGGGACGCCGAAAAAGAUGCAGUCUUGGUGGACUCAACGUACGAAGGUUCAGUACUGACUCAGUCUUAGGUUCGGAUUCGGCAUCUUUUUAUGAACGAACAAGUCACAACAUAGGUAGAAGACUGAGUCGUGACACAAGUUGUCUAACUAAUUCCCCUCCUGAUAUAAAUACUAGAUUACGAACACCAUCACCUAUGGUACGAAGAGCAGAAGGUUCUUCGACACGAUCUUAUCAAGACGUAUCAGAUCGUUCAUCGAACUAUUUAGGGAUAGAUGGUCCUACGCCACGAGCCAGUAUAGAAAUCAUGGUUUCUCACGAUCAGGAAGUACCUCCUGCUCCACCAUAUCCUAGAGUAUCACCGGCAGGCGGAAGAUCAGAGCUGUCGCUGUUAUCGGAAGACGAACUUAUAAGAUUGUGGCGCAGUUCAGAAAGGGAAGUCCGAGAGGCGCUAUUGGCGGCCUUGCAGGACAGAAGAGCCAACUUAGACCUCAAACAAGACCCGGGAUGAAAGGAGACUUGUGAACACUUCUGGAAAGAAAUUGGCCUGAAGAUAAUCUUUGUGGAAUGUUUCAUUUUCUGCUCGGCACGGAAGCGAUAAGAAGCAUCGAUAAGAAAUGCCGUAAUGGUUGAGUCAGUGCCUUCUUUAUAUUGUUUGACGCAAGAUCAUCUAGUGUGCGGUACGAGUAGUAAAACAAUCGGUGUUCAUUUCAGUGUCUUGGUAAUUAUUAUUAUUGUAUUUGAAAGGCUGCCUUAUUUUAAAUUUAAUUGCUUCUU